AUGACUAUUGAGCAGCUUAUGGGUAUGCAAGCUAAUUUGAUGCAAGCCAUGAUGAACCGUAUGAACAAUGAACCAGUAGCAGCACCACCGCCGGUUCAAGUCCGUGACAAGCGAGGGGAGUUCUUGAAAGGACGCCCUCCGGUGUUCACCCAUGCCUCUGAUCCACUGGAGGCAGACGACUGGUUAAAAGCAGUCGAGAAGCAGCUGAACAUUGCCCAAUGCAGCGACCUGGAGAAAGUGUUGUACGCAUCAGGUCAGCUGCAAGGACCUGCACAGGAGUGGUGGGAGUCCUAUCAAUAUGGACGCCCGAACAAUGCUCCGCCAGUCACCUGGAAGGAGUUUACGGAAGGGUUCAGGUCCCAUCAUAUUCCAGAGGGCCUGAUAGAACUAAAAGCAGAAGAGUUUCGGUCUCUCAAGCAGGGAUCAAUGUCAGUCAGUGAGUAUCGUGACAAGUUUGCACAACUGUCACGAUAUGCUCCAUAUGAGGUGGCCAGGGACUCUGACAAGCAGCGUCUCUUCCUGAAGGGUCUGUAUGAUGGACUGCAGCUGCAGCUGAUGAGCAACACCUACCCUUGCUUCCAAGAAUUGGUGAACCGCGCUAUUGUCAUCGACAACAAGCGCAAGGAGAUGGAUGCAAAGAAGAGAAAGCUCCAGGGGCAGCCGUCGGGCAGCAACACUCGCCCACGUGCGUACCCUCAGCAGGGAUUCCCUCAGCGCAGUCAAGGACCACAGAAUCAGUGGAACCGUGGUCAGUUUCCUCAGCGUCCCCAGUACUACCAGCAGCACAAUCACCAAAACCAACAACGUCCCCAGCAACAGUAUGGCAACCAGAAUCAGCAACGCCCCCAGCAUCAGGUCAGCAAUCAGGCACCACGCCAAGGAGUGCCCAAUAAUGCUCCUGGCAAGAGUGCAGCACCCAGCGGCAAUCCCAAUGCCUGUUACCGCUGCGGAGAGGUGGGACACUAUGCCUACCAGUGCCCCAAGAAGCAGAAUCCACCAGCCCAGCAAAAUCAGAACAACAAUCAGAGGCCUGCUCAACCUCCGUUCUCUGGGAAAGUAAACCAUGUGUCCACUGACACAGCUCAGGAAGCACCUGAGGUUAUGAUGGGUGGGGAUAGAAUAAGUGUGGAUGUGGCAGUGCAGCCUCAGCCGACUGCUACAGUGAAUCAGUUGAGUGGUGGUAAUCAAGAAGACCAGGUGGUGGACGAGUUCCCCGAUGCAAAAAGACCAUAUAGAAUGGGGGUAAAUGAAUUAGAGGAACUUAAGAAACAGCUUAAGGAAUUGCAAGAAAAAGGGUUUAUUCGUCCUAGUUCUUCACCAUGGGGUGCACCAGUAAUCUUUGUUGAUAAGAAAGAUGGCACUAGGAGGAUGUGUGUGGAUUAUCGGUCAUUAAAUGAAGUCACUAUUAAAAACAAGUACCCAUUGCCUAGAAUAGAUGACUUAUUUGACCAAUUGAAAGGAGCAUGUGUAUUCUCCAAAAUUGACCUUCGAUCUGGCUAUCACCAGUUGAAAAUCCGUGCAACUGACAUACCUAAGACAGCUUUUACCACAAGGUAUGGCUUGUAUGAGUAUACAGUCAUGUCAUUUGGGCUGACCAAUGCACCUGCAUACUUCAUGUAUAUGAUGAACAAGGUGUUCAUGGAGUAUUUGGAUAAGUUCGUGGUAGUGUUCAUUGAUGAUAUAUUAAUCUUCUCCAAAACCAAAGAAGAACAUGCUGAACACUUGAGGCUGGUCUUGCAAAAGCUUAGAGAGAAUAAAUUGUAUGCCAAGAAAAGCAAGUGUGAGUUUUGGUUGGAUGAGGUCUCAUUUUUGGGACAUGUGGUCUCUAACGGUGGAAUAGCCGUAGACCCCAGUAAAGUGCAGGAUGUGCUAAAUUGGAAGCCUCCAACCAAUGCUAGUGAGAUCCGUAGCUUUUUGGGACUAGCUGGUUAUUAUAGGAGAUUUAUUGAAGGUUUCUCUAAGUUAGCAAAGCCCAUGACAGCCCUACUAGAGAAGAGUGCCAAAUUUAUUUGGUCAGAUAAGUGUCAAGAAAAUUUUGAGGAGCUAAAGAAAAGGUUGACCACAGCCCCCGUGUUGACCUUACCAGAUCUGAGCAAAACCUUCUCUAUUUAUUGCGAUGCAUCUCGCCUAGGCCUUGGCUGUGUGCUUAUGCAAGAAGGAAGAGUAGUGGCGUACGCAUCCAGGCAGUUGAGAAAACAUGAGCUGAACUAUCCUACUCAUGAUUUGGAGCUAGCUGCCGUGGUUCAUGCUCUGAAGAUUUGGAGGCAUUAUCUAAUUGGACAUAGGUGUGAUAUUUAUACGGAUCACAAAAGUUUGAAGUAUAUUUUCACACAGUCAGACCUGAACCUA